CGCUUCUCUUAAAGUUUUACUUUCACUUUGCCUUAGUGCUCAUGGGGGCAGUGGCACUGUGAAAUGGUUGAGGACAGUUUCCCCUUCGUGUACCCCCUGCCUGACUUCCUGCUGACUUUGCUGGGGCUGGUCCUGUUUGUGGUCGAUGUGGCGCUGGACAUUCGGUUGGUGGAGGAUCUCUAUUCGGAAGGGGCAUAUCUGAAGACGGGAAUAUUACUUUUCAUUUUCCUGGCCUCGACAGUCAUCAUUCAGCUGUUCAGUGGACUGUUGUACUACUACGACUGGAAGAAUCGGAAUGCUGGCCGGGAGCUUCUCAUCAGGGGCAAAUGGUCACUGACAGCCGCUCACCUCGCCCUUCUAGCUGUGCCUCUCAGGUACGCGAACAUCCUGAAGAUCUCCAUAAAGAGCUUUCAUGGCGAAAACUCUCUGCUGGAGGGUGAAGCUGUGUACCAGAACCAUGACCUCAGUUUGCUACGGCUCUUUGAAACGUUCUUGGAGAGCGCCCCCCAGCUGGUCUUCAUGAUAUUCAUCAUCAUCCAGAAGAAGCAGGUCGACUUCAUAACAUCUUUAAAGACGGCAGGGUCGGUGGCAUCCAUCGCUCUCAGUGUGGCCAUGUACCAUCGCUGCAUGCGUUCUUUCCUCCCAGAGAAGAGCAAUCAAGGCUACGUCUCCUCGCUGGUAUACUUUCUAUGGAACUUGCUGCUGAUCGGGCCACGUGUGUUCGCCGUGGCACUGUUCACUUGCGCCAACCCCUGCUAUAUCGCGGGACACUACCUGAUCUUGUGGGCAGUGCUGGUCUUCUGGGCCUGGCGCCAGGACAAGGACUUCAUGGACAAUUUGGUGGGAGAGUGGCUCUAUCGGUGCACUGUUGGCCAAAUCUGGUACUUCAGCUGGUUCAACUUGACUGUGGGCAGCACGCUGUGGAGAGGCAUCAUUUACCACAGCAUCAUGCUGGUUGACAUGGGAAUUCUCCUCGGGUUCUGGUGGCACCAGCAGGAGUAUCUGGAAGACAUCUUCAAAGUUGAGCCUUAUGUGAUUCUUGGAAUCAUCUUCUCACUCUACAUAUUGGGCCUGGUUUUGAAGGUCCUCUACUACAGGUGCUUCCACCCUAAGGUGACUGAGCUGCCGCCUGAAGAGCCGGAGGUUCCACUCCGGGAUGAGGUAGAUUUUCACCUGUUGGAUGUAGCUCAGGCCGCAGAGGCUGCAGAGAGACCCAAGCAGGAGAAACUGGUGAUCAACAAAAGGAUGAGGAACUUGGCUGCUAACUUCUACUCCUCUCCUGCCACCACACAUUAAGUCUGACUUGGGGGGGGGGCACUGGCAUAGGGUGGACUCAGAUGCACAUAGCAGAAGGUGAGGCGAAUAAGGUGCAUCUGCAAUAAACGGGAGUACAAAAAGGGUAAUGCAGGGUUAUCUAGGACCAGGGAUAGUAUGAUACAACAGAGGGCCAGAAGAAGGCCAGGGGGAAAGUUCAAGAUCAGCAAAGGCUGCAGAACGGUCAGGCAUGGUGCAAAGGGCUGAUCAGGCAUGAGAGAGUACGGCAUCCAAAACACUGGGCAGAAAUCCAUCGCUAAGGACGGGCGGAGACCAUAUAUGGAACAGGGAACUGGAGCACUGGUGCAGUAGCUGGGUAAAAAUCAGAAGAUAAUCUGACAAGGAGCCACGGGAAACCGAGGCCUUGAAAUGCAGAUGGGUGACGAACAAGCAGGAAGCAAGUCAGUAAGACAGGAUAAGGAAUGAAGUCAGGCGAUCUUCAGGAGUGGGAAGGAGACACACCCACAGCAACAUCCAGCAUGAGCAGAGGAGGGAGGAAGGGAGGGAAGUAGAGAGAGAGAGAGAGAGAGAGAGAGAGAGAGAGGGGGCCCGGAUGAAAGCUUGGAAGCAACAGUUCCCAGUGCAACCCUGACACCAGGUCAUGUAGCCACACGUCGCUAGUUUAUAGAUAGUAAGUUGUUUGAGAUGUGAGGAGCCUCAGAAAAGGAACCAAAAAUGUCAUAGUACUUUGAAAAAGAAAAAUCUCUGGGGGUUCCCCCCCCCAUGCAUGUUAAUACGGUACAAUACAAAUGGAAUGUGCUUUUAUAAAUGUAGGGUGUAAACUGUGGUCGCUGUGAGAGGUGAUGCCAAGCCCCUUCUCCAUGCCGAUCUCCGUAAGCUGGCUGAUUGUAGACCACAUCCACGAUCUGUGGGACUAAAGCAGCACUCCAUCUCGCAUGCCACCUCGGGCACCAUCCAGAGACGAGGCAAGAGAAAAGGCAUGGAUGGGAGUUUACACCAGCCUUUGCACCCAGCUGUACUUCACUAUAUAGCAGUUAAUAAAACAAUUACACUAAUAACAGUUUUAAAUCAACAUCAAGUUCAAUGAAAACGUUAAAAUGAUAUUUUCGUAUUGCAACAACAUGAAAUAACAAAGUAUUUUGAGAGAUGUUUACGUAGAGUUUUUUGCCCAAUACAAAUUUGGAUUAAUUUGCAUUAUUUACUGCCUGUAAUCGUUGAUUUGAUCAGUGAUUCAAGCUAAUGCAUGUAAGUUACUCUUUAAAGUGGCUCUUUUGAAGUCUCAGAAAAGUCUAACUACACCCGUUCAGUUGCUUAUAAUUUGCUAAUUCAUCCAGUGCUUUGCCAAACCGGCGUUUUCAGUACACUGAGUCUUCCUGCAGAUUUGACACCUUGGGUAGGAACAGGAACCGAUCACACAGACUGCACAGCAGUUCCCACUGCCUCAUUCCAGUGAUGUGUCAGAUCCGCCAGUUCACCCGCGGGCCCCCCAGCUGCCAGCUCAGCUCGGAAUCUCAGCAGCGCUGUGGAUCUUGAAGACUGUCGGACUUAAGGUGCUUGAGGACUUCCUGUGAAGAAACUACAGCGGUUCCCCAAGACGGUACCCUGGAGUACGUGAAGGUGGAUGCACACAAACACAAAACAGUGUCGUUCCUCUCAGCUGCUUUUCCUGUGACUUUGUCUCCCAUGGUCUCAAUAACAGGGCAGUAUUUGGAGAAUCUUUUAUAAGUGAUUGCAUGUUGUUGAUGAAGAUUAUUGUUAUUACAUUAAUUUCUAUAAAAUCUUUUACCACAUCUUCUCCUUUUUGACUUUAAAGAAAAUGUGAGCUACUUUGAUAUUUUAUUUACCCAGGUCAGUACAGAAAAAAAGUAGGCUUCACUCCCAAUGAUAUAACAUCAUUGUCAGCAACAAGUUACAGUGAGGAGUGUCAGACAGGCUCGGAUACCCUGGCAGAUUCUGGGGGCCCAGCACUUCACAGAGGCCCUUGAACACGUAAAAUUAUAUGUAAACCAGGCAGGAGACCCAAGCUGACAUUUUUUUACGGGUCCAGAAUGUCAAGCUACGCCCCGGUUUAUGGAAGAAGGCGAAUUCUCUGUAUUAUGCAGUCAGGGAUUUCCUCAGGGACUGCCUUCCCACGCACAUCCGCUAGAGGGAGCUAUAGAACACAUUUUAAACGACAGCUCUCGUGAUAGCUGUCCAGUGAAAGAUAUAAGCUUUCAUUCCAAUGAAAUGUGUGAUUUUGGCAGCUACAUUACAUUAAAGGGUGUGUGUAACAAUUGCAGCAGUGGUUUCUCUGUAGAAAAAUAUGUAGUAGAAACAUUAGCUGUUUAGUUAGAGGGAUGUAUUUAUUUAGUUUUCCAAACUAUCCUUCCUCUCUUCUUCUGAAAUGGCUUUUUUUCAGGAUUGAAGGAUAGACAGAUCUUCUGGAGAGAAAAAAAGCUUGCUUAAUUCUCAAAUGAGGGUAUGUCAAAUGUGAUUCCUGCUUCUCCCUGAUAGCACCAUGAAUAUUCAACGUUUCAUUGCAGAAAAGAAGCCAUUAUUGCCUGUUUGUCUGUUUAUUUUUCAUGUUAACUACUUUUCUAUGUGAAAUACUUCAGACUGUUUUGUAACUUGCUCUUUGUAUAUUUUGUAUUUUAAUUUUUACUUUUUAUUUUUAAUAGUAAGUCUUGUUCCAAUAAAACUACUGUUUGGGGUUACCGUGGAAACUGAACGUGCAGAGUAGGUGAUGGGAUGUCAUUAGUUAAAUGUCUGCACAGAAUCCCAUAAAUCAUAGUUAAAAUACAUAUUUAUGACAACAUUAGGCCUAAUAGGGACCCCAGGAAGCUCUAUUAGGUAAUAAAUAAUAGAGCACAAUUUAUCAGAAAAAAAAACACACUCAAACACACAGAAGUUCUUUAUAUUUAUUUUCAUUUCAUUACAGAGCUCAAUUAAAUUUUUAUUAUGA